CUACUCCUGAGCUGUGCGGCGGACAGGCCCACGGGAACUCGGUGUACUUGGUCGGCAAAGGUACAUGAGUGUUCAGAGUGCAAAGCUCUCUCAGUCUUGAUCGAAGCUUGAUCGAUGAGGCCUUCUGCCGUUACCACCGGCUUAUCUUAUCAACGAAAGUGAUUCAUUUAAUAAUAAUUGUAAUUCUUGUACGAAACCAGAGAUGCCUCAAGUCACUGUACAGCGUGUCGAACGUCCAUCAGAGACGCAAAUUGAAGCAUCAGUUGCGCUGUUUGUUUCGUGCAUGAAAGACAAUAUUGCAGCAUUGAGCCUCAGUGGAUGCGAUGCUACUUUAUUAGACCCCAUGGCCCGCUCCACUUUGAUGGCUGGCAUACUUGCUGGCGAAUAUUACAAUGCAACAGAUGAAAGUGGGGACGUGGUGGGCUUUGCAUUGUGGAUGCCUCCCGGCGAGGAAAUGUUCAGCAAACCGGAACAACGAGAGCUAGGACUGAACGACUUUAUGGCACGGUUACCUGAAGUAGGCCGAGAUUACUACAAGAAUACGUACUCGGCUGUGUUCCUUGAUUUUGUUUCCAGUUGCCUGGGCCCAACAGGGAAGCGUGAUGCAUGGUGGUUACAUAUGCUUAUGGUUCAUCCAGAAAGGCAAAGGCAGGGGAUAGGGAGGGCUUUGGUUGGACCGGUUCUUGAGAAGGCAACGCAGAAAGGGGAAGUGCUUGCACUCAGCACUACAACGCACACCAAUGUUCCGAUCUAUACGGCUAUGGGAUUCAAGGAGAUGGGCGGGCGGACAGUUCCGUCGCCAUUGGGAGAAUGGCCGCUACAUGUGUUUUCCCUUGACACCAGAACCCCCUGAUUGAUAUCUCGCCGUCGUCCCAAGGUCUAAUUUUGGGGCACUGGCAGGCUGUUCGUGAUAUUCUGAUGCGAUAAAUGACCAACGGUCCUAUACAAUCUUGCUUGUCAGACUCAUUUAUUUAUAUAAUGUCUAACCUCAUUGUAGCUCAAUAAGCAUUGGCAGGCAUUUGAAACAUAAGGUUCAGCAUACC